GGCACCUGAGAUCCUCACUUUAUACUACUCUGCUGUCGACCAGGCAAUCUGAGAACUCCAUUCACAUCAAAUUGCAAAUGGGCUGACAGCCUUUUUACCUCUUUGGAUGAAACAAACACAUCUUAGAUCUGUGAAGCCCCCGGGAGGAGAAUCAAGCAAUCUUUUUGGAAGUCCAGAAGAAGGUAUUCCUUCCAGCAAGCCUAAUAGGAUGGCAUCUAAUAUUUUUGGACCAACUGAAGAACCUAAAAACAUACCCAAGAGGACAAAUCCUCCAGGGGGCAAAGGAAGUGGUAUCUUUGAUGAAUCAUCUCCUGUGCAGACCCGACAACGUCUAAACCCCCCUGGUGGGAAGACUAGUGACAUAUUUGGGUCCCCAGUCACUGCCACUGCACCCCUGGCACACCCAAACAAGCCCAAGGAUCACGUUUUGCUAUGUGAAGGUGAAGACUCUAAAUCUGACCUGAAAGCUGCAACAAACUCCACACCCAGAGGAGAGCAGAGCGAGAAGGGAAGCUCAAAAGAAGCAGACCAUGUCAAGAAAGCAGAGCCUACACCUACGGUUGACAGUCAUGAGCCCAGACUGGGACCGCGACCUCGUUCCCACAACAAGGUCCUGAACCCACCAGGAGGCAAAUCCAGCAUCUCCUUCUAUUGAGAGGCUCCUGCUCUACCUAUAAUCAGACCAAACACUCAGAGAUAGGAUAUUGAAUGUUAGUGCUUCCUUUAACCCAAAUGAGUCGGGGUGGGAGAGGGGUUGUCAUGUGUGUGGGGUUGCCUGCUCAUAGGCCUUGUUGUCGUUGGAAGAGCUGCAGAGAGGACCGUGCCUUCCAGACUGCCAAGAUACACGUCUGUGGGGUAAAAUGGGGUACUCUUAGGCCUCCUCUCUAGCUGUUCUGUGUGGAACAGUGAGGUUCUGGGGAGGGCAGAAGAGAUGACCCAUUAGCAGAAGGAUCACUAGGGUCUGUCUUGUCCUUGUAUCAGCAGUCUGCUGGCUGUUGGGUAUCUAAGAAUGGUUGGGUUGGGGGAAAAACCCAGACUACCUGUCCCUCACUGUGGAAAUGGAGGAGGAACACAAACAGAAAGACAGAGUGAAGUCUACAUAGCCUUUCCUUUCAGGGAAUGCCUAUCACCAAAAUGUGUCCACCUCUGAGAUGACCUCUGAACCCUAGUGCCUCCUUGUCUUUUCCCCCUCAGUCCAUCCCUAUAGUGUUGGAACAUGACUGCUCUUUUUGGUAGCAGUCAACAGAAAAUCAAACAGUGAUUCUCAGUCUUGUCCUGAGUGGGAGGUUUUACACCCUGACCCUCUGAAUUGUCCCUUUCCUGCACCUAAAACCAUGGCCAGGUCUAGG